GUACAAAUUAUAUUGGAAGUUACAAAAGUAUAAACAAACAAAAAAUAGAAGGAACUGAAAUGUUGGCAGGGAGCACUGGUAGCAUCAGUAAGUUGGGGGUUCUCAGCUUCUUCGCACCAACACCAUCAAUCUGUAUCAACAAACUGAAUUUGAAUCAAACCAGAAGAACUAUGUCUCAUUCGAUCGAAGAACACGAAUCCAAACGGCAGUGCUUUAAGUUUCUCACGAAGGAACCGUAUUCUUCUCCUCCGUGGGCAUCACAUCUCAGACCACUCCCGUCUAGCGUCUUCUCUCUCGCUCAUUGUCCCACUCCGAUUCACAGAUGGAACCUCCCUAAUUUGCCGGACAAUACUCAAGUCUGGUUGAAGCGUGAUGAUCUUUCGGGGAUGCAAUUGAGCGGUAACAAGGUCAGAAAGUUGGAAUUCUUGUUGGCAGAUGCAGUCGCCCAGGGCGCUGACUGUAUCAUCACCAUCGGAGGUAUCCAAAGCAACCAUUGCCGUGCUACUGCGGUUGCUGCGAAGUAUCUCAAUCUGGACUGUUAUCUUAUACUUCGUACCUCUAAGGUUCUUGUUGACUCCGAUCCUGGAUUGACCGGGAAUCUUCUGGUUGAACGUUUGGUGGGAGCUCAUGUUGAUCUUAUCUCAAAAGAGGAAUAUGCAAAAAUCGGGAGUGUGACUCUCACUAAUAUUUUGAAAGAAAAAUUGCUAAAGGAAGGGAGAAAACCAUAUGUUAUUCCUGUUGGUGGUUCUAACUCACUAGGAACCUGGUAAGAUUGUUUAAUUCACAUAUUCUUUUUUUGUAAGAUGAAAUUUGUAAAUAGUUGUGGAGGUACGAUUGCUGGUCUUUCACUAGGAUCCUGGCUGGGUAUGUUGAAGGCAAAAGUUCAUGCAUUUUCUGUUUGUGAUGACCCUGAUUACUUCUAUGACUUAGUCCAAGGCCUCUUGGAUGGACUUGAAGCUGGUGUGAGCUCUCGUGAAAUUGUUGACAUUAAAAAUGCCAAAGGUUUGGGCUAUGCACUUAACACCUCUGAGGAGCUUCAGUUUGUAAAAGAAGUUGCUAGAGCUACUGGUGUUGUUCUCGAUCCCGUGUAUAGUGGGAAAGCUGCUUAUGGAAUGGUGCAAGACAUGGCUGAGAACCCAAAGAAGUGGGAAGGGAGGAAAAUCCUGUUCAUACAUACAGGGGGUCUUCUAGGUCUUUUUGACAAGGUAGAUCAAAUGGCCUCAUUGGUAGGGGACUGGCGGAGAAUGGAUGUCCAUGAAUCGGUACCGCGGAAAGAUGGCGCCGGAAAAAUGUUUUAGCUGAGAAACAGGUUACUUAUCCUCCUCUGUUUUCUUUUGCAAGUAAAACAGACUGCUCUGCUGAUGCUACUGGUGGACUUAAAUUGUUUUAGCUUCGCUGUGCUCACAUAUGAGACUCCAGAUUUUCUUUUAACCGGUUAUAAUACAUUGUUUGAUGGUGGACCUUUUGAAAUUUGUCACCUUCGGCGUGAAGUGCUCUUGGAGCUCAGGAAUCAUUUUAUAUAUUAUUACAAAACUGCAUAUAAAUAUUAUCA